CUCCCCUAUAUUUUUCUUUCUAACCAAACAAACCCACACGAGUCACGACCGUGUCAUAAUUUAAUCGUAAAACAAACACGACGACGAGUCACGACCCUGUCACAAUUAAUUUAGAACAACCCCUUGGCUAGGAACCUAAUUUAUCUAUUUCUCCUCUUGACUAAGCAAACAUGUUGAAGAAAGUGAGGCGAAAAGUCAAAGUCUUUGUCACCAAACCCUUUAAAAAGCCCAAGAACAGACCUUUAAGACCUCCAUCACCAAAGCAAACUCCUCCUCCUCAUACUCCACCACCAUCUCCGCCGCCUCAUAAUAUGGCUUCCUCGAGACAAAGGAACGCUCCGUUUCUCUUCCCGACAUCCAAUUCCUCUGUUUUACCCGACCCGUCUGCUUUCUUCAGCAACGAUCUCCUCUCAACUCCUCUCCCAACAAACUCCUUCUUCCAAAACUUCACUCUAAAAAAUGGCGAUCAAGCUGAGUACUUUCACCCUUACAUCGUCAAACCAUCGGUUUCAUCACUCUCGCUCUCAUACCCAUCUCUUUCUCACAACUCUGCUUUCAUCUUCGAGGCUUUCAACGCCGACAUCACCAUCUCCGGGUCAGACGGACCCGACCCGCAUUCCAGGAAAACCCAUCUCAUCUCUUCGUUCAGCGAUCUCGGCGUCACUCUCGAUUUCCCUUCCUCCAAUCUCAGAUUCUUUCUCGUCAGAGGAAGCCCGUUUAUCACCUGCUCCGUCUCCGGUAACUCCUCCAUCACAAUCUCAACGAUUCACGCGGUUUUAUCGUUCACCGGAAACAGCUCAUCCACGAAAUUCACGGCGAAGCUCAACAACAACCAGACCUGGCUGAUUUACGCUUCCUCGCCGAUUAAUCUGACCCAAAACGGAGGCUCUUCGAUUAACUGCGGUGGUGGGUUCUCGGGUAUUAUCCGGAUCGUCGUGUUACCGGAUUCGAACCCAGAUUUCGAAUCAAUCCUCGACCGAUUUAGUUGCUGUUACCCAGUUUCCGGUGACGCCGAUUUCACAAAGCCAUUCGCUUUGGAGUACAAAUGGGAGAAGAGAGGCUACGGAGAUCUCUUGAUGCUCGCUCAUCCUCUUCAUCUCAAGCUUUUAGCAAGCGACGACUGUCCAAUCUCCGUUCUAGAUCAUUUCAGGUACAGCAGCAUCGACGGAGAUUUGGUCGGCGUCGUUGGAGAUUCAUGGGUUUUGAAGCCGGACCCUGUUUCGGUGACGUGGCACUCUAUCAAAGGAGUCAAAGAAGAUGCUCACGAAGAGAUCAUCUCAGCACUCGUGAAAGACGUCAACGCCUUGGAUUCCUCAGCUCCGGUCACGAAUUCGUCCUACUUCUACGCGAAACUGAUCGCGAGAGCCGCGAGGCUAGCUUUGAUCGCCGAAGAAGUUAGCUAUCUCGAUGUGAUUCCGGCGAUUAAAAAGUACUUGAAGAACAUGAUCGAGCCGUGGUUAGACGGGGGUUUCGAACCAAACGGGUUUCUGUAUGAUCCUAAAUGGGGAGGUGUGAUCACGAAGCAAGGAUCGAGAGAUUCGGGAGCAGAUUUCGGGUUUGGGAUUUACAACGAUCACCAUUACCAUCUAGGUUACUUUCUCUACGCGAUUGCUGUGCUCGCUAAGAUCGAUCCUUUGUGGGGGAAGAGAUACAGACCUCAAGCGUACACUCUAAUGGCGGAUUUCAUGACAUUGGGGAAGAAGAAGAAAGGGGCCAAUUCCAAUUCCAAUUCCAAAUACCCGCGUUUGAGAUGCUUCGAUUUUUUCAAGCUCCAUUCUUGGGCUGGAGGGUUAACGGAGUUCGCCGACGGGAGGAAUCAGGAGAGCACAAGCGAGGCCGUAAACGCGUAUUACUCCGCCGCCUUGUUAGGGUUAGCUUACGGCGAUUCACAUCUGGUGGCGGUGGCUUCAACGGUCUUGACGCUCGAGAUCCACGCCGCGAAGAUGUGGUGGCAGGUGAAAGAAGACGACGCAAUUUACCCGAAAGACUUCACGGCAGAGAAUCGAGUGGUGGGGGUAUUAUGGUCAACGAAGAGAGACAGUGGAUUAUGGUUCGCGCCAAAGGAAUGGAAAGAGUGUCGCCUUGGGAUACAGUUAUUACCGUUACUUCCGGUGUCGGAAAUUCUCUUCUCCGAUGUGAAUUUCGUGAAGCAGCUCGUGAGUUGGACUUUGCCGGCGUUGGCGAGAGAAGGCGGCGUCGGAGAAGGCUGGAAAGGAUUUGUGUAUGCUUUGGAAAGCAUUUACGACAAAGAAGGAGCGAUGGAGAAGGUUAAGGGCUUAAAUGGGUUUGAUGACGGAAACUCUCUGAGUAAUCUGUUGUGGUGGAUUCACAGCAGAAACAGUGAUGAUAAUGAUGAUGAAGACGAUGAAGGUGGAUACGGUGGUCAUUGCGGUGGCGGGAAGUAUUGCUCGUUUGGUCAUUAUUGUAAUUAAGCUUUGCGUUUUGGUUUGUUGAAAAUGAAGUUUAUUACUAUAUAACUUUAUGUAUGAAAUAAAACUUGGUUCGCCUCAUUGAUCUUCCAUAUCGAGAUUUCGAUAGUGAACCUUCAAAAUUUGAAAAAUAAAACAGAUGCUGUCAAUUUUACAGAGAA